AUGUUCAACAAGUUUAUCGUAUGCAGCUUCGCGUACGCGUCUCUCGCUGUCGGUGCCAGUAUACCACAACAUGAAGUACAGCAACCUCUUCUCCCAGAUCAUCAAGCAGGUGCAUUGAAGUCGAACAACAUUCACGUCAUGUUGGCAUUUAUUGAGAGCGGAGGCAAUAUGCAAAAGCUGGCGGAAAUCCCACUAAAUACACGGAUCGUCGCUGCAGCAGUAAAUCCUCCCCAAGAGCCACUGACACUGCGGCUAGGCCUCAAUAUACCAAGUCGUCUAAGCGCUAUCAAAAUCGCUAUGGCAGUUACAGUCGAAGACCGUUCGAUAUCACUAGAACGCCUGGAUAAGAUCAUGUGCAGAAUCACGCCAAAGACAGAUGCCAAGCAGAAAGAGGCAAUGAAAGGUAAAGGGGAGCCAGAUGAGCUGUCGUGGUUCAUGUUGAGGGAUGGCACGGUCGAACUCGAAGAUAGUUCGUCGGAAUGGUUUCUUGGAGGCAGAGCGAUACAAAGUUUUGAAUGCCGUUAACACGCCACAGUGAUUAUGACUGAGCAGAUUGUUUGACGUCUGAUCCAAAUGCUAAUGUAUAAUGCUCUAUGCUUUCUCCGGGUAUAUUAAAUGUUGCUUUGAUGCCAAUCGAUAUGUCCAAGUCAGGCGAACCCAAACGCCUAUUAUGCAAAGGAUGGAGAGCGGUCAGACGUUGUUAUCCCCUUCGUUCAUGCCAACCAUUUCGUAUUCCCCCGCGCCGUCCCUCCCUCUACCCCUGCCCCUGCCCCUAGAUUCGCCGCCCUCUUCUUCGGCCGCCGGUUGUGGUUGCGGUCGCGCGGGCGUCUUGCUCCCAAAAUUGAUGGGUCUCAGUUCCCGCCACUGGCAUGCCCACACU